AUGACUUCCAUCGAAGACCUAGAAUCAAAAUUGGCCGAGGUUCAAGCAAUGCUUACUGCAAAAGGCACAAAUAUGUCAAAGAAGCAGUGGCUAAUCGAGUGGAAGAUACUCCGGGAGGAACUCGCCGAAGCGAAACGGACAUCAGCACCAAAAAAUAUAGCAGCCCCAGAGAGCAAGUCUGAAGACCAACAAAAAGCCGCUUCAGACGUCACCUGA